AUGGCGAUAGAGAAGACUGAGCUCGAGUCAGAUUGGAAGAGGAAUCAGAGGUACGAGGAAGCGAAGAGAUCGGGGAGUGCGUUGCCGGGCAAAUUUGCAAAAAAACCUCUUGUUUCUCCCGACCAAACCCGCGCUCCCUCGUCGUCCUCCUCCAGACAGAAGCCGCAGCUACGCUGCUCACCGCCGCCGCAGCUGCGCUGCUCCCCGACGCUGCAGCUGCCCUGCUCCCCCCCCCCUCCGCUCCCCCGCCGUAGCUGCCUCCUGCUCCGCCACCGCAGCUGCCGCUCGCCUGCCUCCCCAAGCUUCCCCCUUCCUCAAAAAAACCUUCGAUUUCCCCAGCUACCGCCGUGCUCUACUCCGGCUGCGUCAGAACCGGCGUCGGCGAGCCCGGAGGCACUGGAGAUCCGAACCACCACCAACAACCUAAAGGCUGAUGAGGCCGACAAGCCCGACGACGACAGGAGAUGCAGCAAGCUAAACGCCGACGAGCCCAACGACGACAGCAAGCUAAAGGCCGUCGAUUUGCGAGCUUGGAAGACGACGACGACAGCUCCACAAGGAAUACGAUCACGGCGGCGUCUUCGCUGUUUCUCUGGUGGAAGACCCGCGCCUGCGACACCGCGGCUGGGCUGUCCACAGCACAAGUGGGUCACACCUGCUCACUUGGCAAUAGCGGCGGCGGCUACAUGUUUUCUCCACUACUGCAGAUCAUCUAGAAGUCCUACUGCCUGGUACUCCAAGAAGACUAUGCCAACGGCAACCAAGAGGGCUUUGUUGAGUUCGUGCAAUGUUCCAAUUGAGGGAAGAGCUGCCAUUUCCUGUGGACAGCUUGUACGCCGAUCCCGAGGGCAAGGCUUAGGAUGUCUUGGGCCUGUACCAUGGAUUAGGCCGCACACUCUUCAGUCCAGCCAGUGCUCAAUGCUCCUGAUAUUAGAGCAACUUUUCAUCUCUGAAACUUUUAGCCUCAAAUUGUAGACCUCCUGGUGCAUCCCUUGAAUAACAAAACAUGCAAAAGGCUAGGAGGUCUGAACUCUAGCCUAUACCUUUUGUGACAAAUUUAGUAAUAAACUAUUAUUGCAUUUUUGUAGAGGGCCAUCUUGAAGCAUCUUUACUAUAGGAGUACUCUGUUUAGAACAUGGAGCAAAUUCAGUAGACAUUUUUACAAGAAUUCCGUAGAUUUCUUCAUUUGGAUAGGAGUAUUUUUCUGCUCCAUUUGUCAAUUGGAUCAAGAUGCUACUCUACUUCACCAUAAGCAGAAGUAUUUUUCUGCUCCAUUUGUCA